AUGGUGCUUGGUCCACAAGGCUAUGUUUCGAUUGUAGAACUUAUUGUCUACAUACCGGCGCUUGUUACAGCUAUCAUAGUUACUUCGCGCCACGGUUUCCAUAGGGCCUCGGGAUGGAUCUAUACGGUCAUCCUUUGUGUUGUGCGGAUUGCUGGUGCCAUCUGUCAGCUUCUCUCCUACACUGACCACUCAGAUGGUCUCCUUAAAGCGACUCUUAUCAUUGACUCUAUCGGUCUUUCUCCCCUCUUGCUUGCUACUUUGGGAGUUCUCUCAAGAUUUGCCGAUUUUGUCAAUGCCAAAGGAACUCAAAUUUUCGGCAUGAAGCAGUUUCGCCUUGUUCAGCUCUUAAUUACCCUUGGCUUAAUUCUUAGUAUUGCUGGUGGCAGUGAUGGGUCGACUGACAGCGACGGCAACGUUACGAUUUCCGGCACAAGCAAAGCGGCCAUCAUUCUCCUUAUUGUCGGCUUCGCUGGCAUCACCUACUUUUUCCUUCUCUCAUCUGGCUACAAAACCGCAGCUCCUCGUCAAGAGCGCCAUAGUCUAGUUGCUGUUGGUAUCGCCUGGCCUUUAAUUCUCGUACGCCUGGCCUACUCUGCGCUGGCAAUCUUCGUUCAUAACCACACCUUCUCCGUAGUUGGAGGCAGUGUCGCCGUCCAUGCCGGGAUGGCUGUUGUUGAAGAGUUUCUAGUUGUCCUUGAUUACCUGAUUUUAGGGUUCAUGCUGCACAAGCUAGAGCCAGAGGAGCAAGGCGAGCUGGCCAACCGAGCAUGGAAGAAUAAGAAGAGAACAGGAAAUGACAGGAGGUAG